AUGCAUCAAAAUAAUAAUUCUAACAUGGUCAGAGUUGUGGUCUACAUUGGAUUUGUCAUCUAUGUGAUGGUCUUGGCUACAACGUGUUGCUGUCAUCCCGUGACGUCUACUGAAGUGGAAAGCAUAGCUCGACCUACACGACCUAAAACUUUCGGUUCACCAGAUGAAUUGCGUUCGUACCUAGACCAAUUAGGACAGUACUUGGCGGUAGUUUCUCGUCCAAGGUUUGGAAAAAGGAAACCUGCGUUUCCAGUCAUCCCAUCAGCCAUCACAACACCAAGGUUACAACAGUACAUCGACCAUCAACGCGUGCUUAACAAUAUUAACAGAGAAGACGAGGAGGCUUAUAAAUUACAAUACAAACCGGCUGCUAUAAGAAAUUCAAAAGACUUGUACGACAUGUUGUUUACGACACGUCGCGAAAACGGCAAUAAUGACCGCCAUCAAUACUAUUUAAUGCAACAAGAUAUGACGAACGCAGACAUUGGCUUAGAUUAA